UUUUUUUUUUUUUUUGGUUUCCGGCUUCGCUUCGCUGAGCCACUUCUCCCGCCUCGCCCCGAUCCCGACCUCGCCCGCGCUCUCGACCUUGCCUGGUGUUCGUCGACCCCUUUCAGAACCCAAUCGCCCCAGGGAGAUGGUCGUCCUGGGCCUCAAUGGCUGCUCCUCCUUUUGACGCUUCUGUUGCUGGCCCUUCGUUUGUAUUUGAUAUCUUCAAUGACGGCCAGCCACUGCGCAACGCGCCCGCCCUCCCCGGGGGGCCUUGCAACUAUACCGACCAGACACUGCCGCGAUGUGGCUGUCGCCGGUUCUGGAGCAGGCUUUCCCUGGGCGACGGCUUCCAGGACAGUCUUGCCCCCAAUCUGGCGGAGGUGUGCAUGUGCUCGCACCAUGCUUGCUUCCACGAGGACGUCCCGCUGGGACAGGCGCAACCUUCCACGGGGAUACAUGUUGCUGGCCAGGAGAACCAAAAGCCCCGCACCUCCCGAGAGCCAUUGAGCCCAGUCCAGGACUUUGGGUCUUUCCAACUCCCCUCUAACCUCGGAUCCUCCCUGGACUUGAAUAUUCUAAACUUCCAGUCGUCUGUGCCAGACUGUCGCCCCGAGGUCGCGAAUCAUGCCGUCGUUGAAGAUGUCUGUGCCACUCGGGAUAGCCCGAUGCCCGAUACGUUAAAUAGCUGGGAAAACCUUAUCCAGUCUCAGCCUGGCCGUGCGCUUGGGAGCCCUUCCCUCUGCUUCCAGCAGCUUGAACCGCCAUCCACUGCGGCAUCCAGCCAGUCUAGGUAUCUCAGGCCCUUUGCAGGAAAGGGUCUGCACACGCUGAGCGGCACCUUAGCGCCGGGACAGGGAGCGUCUGUGCCGGAGCGCGGCGCCGAAAACGGUGGUGCCGCAUCGUUACAGAAUCCUACUCAAACUGGGCCUAGCCCGACAUCUCACGCUAUGAAGACGGCGCAGGGUGCGGCUCUCGAACGCGAGAUGUCCCAAGGUGGUCUUCGUACUGGGGUAUCUGGUGAUGUCUUCCAGAAGUUGGCAAAAACUGUCGGCAGCCACGAGCAACGAAUUGACAGGCUUGAGAGCACGUCAUUUUCUGUGGCUGGUCACGAGGACUGCCACGACAAGCACGAGCACGCCGAUCUCCGCGUAACUGAGCUCGAGUCUCGUGUGGAGGAGGUGGAGAAGAUUCUAAACGACAAUGGCAGCAUAGCCAGCAGUAGGCGCACGGUUCGCCCCGAAUGUGCCGACGACGCCACAGCCAGCGUAGUCUCAGUCUCAACGAACGCCACAAUUCUCGCGUCCAACCGAGCUGAGAUGUUCAGUCAACUCCAGGCGUUACAAGCACAAGUCAGCCAACUGCAGGCAGCAUCGCUGCCAUCCUACACCAAGCCAUGGGAGCUCGAAGUUGUAUUUCUACCGUUUCCCCUCAAGGGAGUCUGGAUAGAGACACACGAGUUCCCAAGCCAGCGCCGAUCGACAGGGUCCAACGCCGACGAGUGGACACAGAUGCCUAACACGGUCAGCAGGGCGACGCCCGAUCCUCAGUCGCCAAAGUUUGGGGAAUGGGCGGGUCAGUCACGCGACUCGAAAUGGCUGCUUCCUCGGGCGUUUGCCUCUGGUCGGAUCAUUGACCAAAGACUGAAGAGUCGAGGUCUUAUCAAGACAGUUUUUGUCCGCGGUCCAGAUGCUCGGAGUAUUCAACUCGCCAUUCACGAUGCCUUUGGGGAUGUUUUGCGUAUUUCCUCCAGUGCUGGCGUGAGAUCUGGAUACGGCCCCAACUCACCGAUGUCGGAAUUUCUCGGUCUCAGGCAGCCUUGGGUCCCGUUGCGCAAGCUCCACAAGGACUCUCGGCUUCGCUUUCUAUCUCCGGCCGAGAUGGCAACACCGGCGCUGUGGGAUUUCACCUUCCUCGUGUCCAGCAUCAUCAUGAAGGCCACCGGGGUGAAUCGUCUCUACGUUACACAACCGGAGGCGUAUGUUCAGGACCAUCCAUUUGGCUAUCAGGCUAUGGAGUCCGGGUGGUCUUGGCAGAAACUAAGGGAGCUGAGCAGAGUCUACCCUGACUCUCAGAGCAGUAGCAGCGAUAUUCCCGAGGCUGACGCAAUGGAGGAAUGUUGGACGUGGAACGACCGCCUCGACGAGCAACCAAGCGCAAACACGUCCGCUCUGAGUGUUCGCCAGGGAUACCAACAACGCACGUCUAUGCGCUCGUCAACCUCCCCAUCCCAGCAGUUCUUCACCGGCGUCCAGUCUCCCAGCCUCUCCAACAGCCCUGCUGCCGUACGGGCACAGUCGCCGAUGAUAUCAAGAGAGCGCAAAGUUCCUCGACCGCUUCAUGUCCGAACUGGCUCGCUUCCACCAAUGGCUCCUACUUUGAUAUCUCCAUCUCAGUCUCGACGCCGGGUGUCGUCAAACACCACCCAUGCAGCCCCGUAUGAGCGCCAUUCGUCUCCACUAAUCCCUCGGCCUAGCCCUCGUCUCCCAGCUCAUCCCGCAGCGGUAAUCGCCAUUUCCACGUCGGCCGCUCUUGUUUCGAAGCGCCGCCUUGGUACGCGAUCACCUAGUAUCCUUGCGCGCAACACCCCUCGCUGGAGCCGCUCACCUUCGGUAAUCCCUCGUGAGCUUGGCUUCAUUGAUGAGCGCGCCCGUGAGCGGCGGACCACUCCCUAUUACGCAACACCCCAUAGCGAGGCGCUUCCUGAACCAAGAGGUUACAGGGCUGGGAGCCGCGGCCCCGCUCUUAUGCCGCCUUCGAACGGGUAUGACCCAGAUGACGAAGACGAUGACAUGGACGACGACUUUGGAGAGGACCAAGGCUCGUCAACAGAUCCUUACGAUAGCGAGAUGACGAAUGACGCAAUAGCCGUUGUAAAAAGGCCGCAGGUGCAUGAGUCAUUUGGCCUAGCGACGGAUCCAGAUGAUGCCGACUUCGAUAUUGAUGUUUACGAAGACGAGGACGACGGACUCGACAGUGUGGAUACUGAUAUCGGCAAUAACGGUAUGGUUUGGGACGGGUUUGGACAGCCCGUCAAAGCCGCCGACGCGACGCAUCCGAGGCCAGAAGAUGUACCGUGGGCCGGUAUCGAAGACCUCAUGGAUGAUGGCGAGAAUAUCGACCCACACUCGCAAGAGAUUGCGAUCCACGAGGACGAUGACAUAAUGGACGGCACCGCCGGUGAUGCCGAUGAAACACACAGUGCUGCCUCGAGCCAGGCGCCAAGCGAGUACUCGAGCAAGCCGAACGCCUGGUCGGUCCUCGCCACCGGCAAGGUGGAUCUGGGUCUUAUUCCAGGCCGCACUGAUAGCGGUGGCGGCUCUCAUCUUCGUGCCCGAGACAGCGGCGGCUUCGAGAUUCACGAAGACGGCGACGGGUUGGAUACGCGGUGGGCUUAAGUGGGCUGGUAUGACUUGCUGGCUGUGUUGACAGUGGCUGUAUGAUCCAACUAUCUAAAGGAUGAGGUGACGAUGAUGAUGGACUAUAUGAACAAUUUUGGGAUCGCAUCUAUUCCUGGCGGUAUUUUUUCCUCUCUUUUUGGCUACUCACCCAUAUAUAUUUGCAUUUUUUCUUACCUUAUAUGUCGGCUGAAGCGCACAUCUAUCUUCAUAUAUGCUACACCGCAGCAGUGUGGGAAAACGGAUAGGUUGGUAAGGAGUGCUGCUACCCAGGGGCGUUUUACAGGCAUGGCGGCGGAGAUACCUGUGUGAAUAUUUGAUCUAUAUUUAUAUUUAUAUGGCGAAGAGGGACAUAUAUAAGUAUAUCUAUGCAAUGCGCUUGCGACUUUUGCCGCAGUCGACUAUACAACGGCUGACCUUGGCUAGUUGGAUGAAAUAAAAUAUACUCUCGUCUCUCGACGC